GAUGCUGGCGCCAUUUAUUUGUAUAGCAGCAGUCACUGCUUGCUGUCGCUUUAUGCAGCCCCAAAUGACCUUUGGGCAUUGGGGGUUUUAUUAUUUUUACAUGUUGAAUUUAUAGAGAUUUUUUUAACCUCAUUUUAUGUAUUAACGAAGAGUUUCUACGUGGAAGCGUUUUUAUAAAAGCGAUCCAUAUCCAGGAAGCGGGUACAUUCCAGUCACACAGAUACUAAAAACAUCACCAUCAAAAUGAAGUGUGGGUUUAAGAGUAAUCAAACUCCAACUAAGAUGACCCCUAAGAAACUAAGCAUGGAAUAUGCUAAAGUAGAAGGUAGCCCACUGAAGUAUGACCAAGAGCCUUGCAAAAGCUGUGAAAAGGCACAAGAAGGUCACCAUCGAGAAGAUAGCAUUAAGAAGUUGUCCCCAAAGCGGUUAGAUUUUAUUUCACAAGACAGACCUUUAUACAACAAGGAAAAUCUUUCUCAUAGGUUUAAAGAGGCUGACCCUCAUGAUGGAGAUACCAGCGUAUUGCAAGACAGUGGUUAUUCCUCGAUUCUCCAAAGUGAAUCACCAUACCGAGAUGAUGAGGAUGCAAUCGCACUGGAUCUUCUGGAAUAUGAAACCCCAAAACAGAUCUCUGCACAAAACCAACCAAAUAAACCUGCCACAUCAGCAAGACUUUUUCCAGUUCUUCACUUUGAAGAAGUAGUUUGUUCAACUUUGAAGAAAAGUGCAAAAAGAAGUCCAAAAGUUGACUGGGACAUAGUUGAUGAUGUGGUUUCCAAAGGAGCCUUUGGUCUUGAGAACCUGAUCGGUAAAAAAAUGGGUUUGGAGAGAAUGGAUAUUCUUGGAGAGCUUUUCCAAAGGGACUUCAAACAUCUGCUUGCUGAAAUUCUAAGGCAUCUCAGUGCAGUAGACUUAAUAAAUGUCAUAUGUGUGAGCACAACCUGGAGAAAAAUCUUGCAGGGGGAUGAUGCUUACAAUGUUUAUAAACUAGCUUGGAAAGAAUGUUGUGAAAAGGAAGCAAAGCUAACAGAACAAGCUGCAACACGUGACGCUUCCUUGUUUCGCAUACCUCUGGCUUGUGUCCAGAAAGUGGCCAGCGCAUCUUGUUGUGUUUCUUCAAAAAAGAAGUCCAGCAAGAAAACUAAGAUCGGCAGCUCCUCAUACAGCAGACAUGCAGAAUUUAGCGAGAUUGGAAAAACACUAAAAAAUGACCAGGGCCUAAAAGCUUGCAGGGACUGUGGAUCUCCAGCCAAGUAUGAUUCCUACCUUCACAGAGCAAUAUGCACUCGAGCAAACUGUAAACUUGACUUUUGCACACUCUGCCUUUGUGACUAUCACUUUUCAAAAAGCUGCACAACCAUCAAACCACAGAGCCAUCGAUACUUAUCAGAACCUCUUCCUGGAAGUAAAAAGAGCAAACAGAACUUGAGAAGGCUGUAAAUUUCAAAGAAUGGACACUAAUAACAUAAGUUAUGAACUAUGAAAAAAUAAAAAGGCAACACAUUUAAAAAAAAAAAAAAAACACAUGGGAGGUAAUCUUAAUAGGAAUAUGGUUUUAAACUACCAUAUUUUUCAAGUUUUAAUAAGUUUCUAAAUUUAUUGCGUUUUUGCAUUCUUAUGGCUUCCAGAUUUAUUUAUAUUUGGUUAAAAAAAGAGACAAACUUUUAAAUGUUGGUAACGUUUUAUAUUUUAAAGAUUUGUUUGUUCUAAUUUGGAAAUACGUUGUCUAUGAACAAGACUUUUUGCCGAUACAACCUACCGGUCCCAAACUUGUUUUAUCCUAAGGCCUCAAAGGAUGAAUUUAUGAAAUGUGAUUGCCAAACGAUUUUGUACAUAGCUGUAAAUAUUUUUAAUGUGUGUCUGUCCUUUUUUAUGUCUGCUUUUGUGCGAUAUUCCCUUUUGCACUGUUAAAUAAAUUAUUACAAUUUGACUGCAAGAA